AUGAAAUCGAUAUCAACAUUGGGUAUAUGUUUAAGAGCAUCCCAAAAUUUGGCCAAGACUAAGCCAAUUGCUGUUUUGUCUACAAGAUCCCUUACAAAUCUUGUCCAAAGACCAUCAACAUAUCACACACUUAGCAUACGGUCAAACAAGAUCAAUGGAUUAGAGACCAGAUAUACGAAUCUUUUGACCCGUCAUUUACUAUCCAACAAAUAUUCCACUAGUACAGCUCCUCCGCCACCACCACCUCCUCCUCCACAUGACAAAAAUGCUAAAGGGAAAUUACUUCUUAACAGAAUCGGUAGAAUAUUCACAUUUUCCUUGUCAUCUGUCCUUGUUCUUGGAGCUACCUGUGUGUCUGUUUUGGUUGUUUAUUUGAUUCUUUCCGAAUUGUUCCUUCCUUCUGGAGAUACCAGAACAUUUAACAAGGCUGUCAAGAUGUUAGAAAGUAAUGAGUUGGCACAUGAAGCAUUGGAUUUCAAAAAGGGUCAAAGAGUCAAGGCACAUGGUGAAGGACACGGUGAUAAGUGGGCCCGUAACAGGCCAGCUCAAUCUGUCAGAUCUAGAGGUACGGAUGGAAAAGACUACUUAUUCAUGAAAUUUCUGGUUGAAUCACCAAGUGGAAAAUAUGGUACUGUUACCCUUGAACAAGUGGAUAGAACUUUCUGGAGUUCUGAAUUUUUAUAUAUUGCAUUAGAUAUGCCUGGCAAUAAGAGAAUUUACAUUAAAGAGCCUAAAUUCCAAGCUAAGAAAUAUGUGCCAAAAGUUGGUGGUCUCAAUAACAAUAGUGGCUUUUUAGGACUUAAAUGGGGUCCAAAGAAAGACGAUUAG